UCUCCAGACCAUGGACUGCAUGAACAGACCAAUCAGAGCAGCUGGCGGGUCCUGAGCAGGGCUUGUUGUUGAGCUGAUCUGUCAAACACUCAAACUUUUAAAAACAUUAUAACGUUUCUGUGUUGAUAAAGUAUGGCGUCCUUUGUGACCGAAGUGCUCGCCAGCUCCGGCAAACUGGAGAAAGAGGACCUGUCCAGUAAAAUCACCAAAAUGUCGCGUAAAGUGCAAGAUACGAAGGAAGAAGUAUGUGACAUGAUAAACAAAAGGUACAAUGACUUCCUCCCCAACCUUCAAGCAUCUGAGGAGUUAAUGGUGCAGGUUGAUGAGGUCUCCAAAGAAAUGGAUGCUCUUAAAGACUUUGUCGAGACUGAGGUGCAGCAGAAUAUCCACGUGUCAGUGGCGGAGUAUGCAAAGCUGAAGGAUCAGAUGGAGAAAAAUACUAUCAUCAUAACAAUGCUUGGACACCUCAAAGAGUUUCACAGUGCGAUGGAGGAGUCCACCGAAGCUUUACUGGACAAGAAGUAUGUUGAUGCAGCCAACCAGCUGGAAAGGGCAAGGGCCAGUGUGGAUUCACUGAAGGACUGGAAGACCUCCCAGCUGCCACUGCUCAGCGCUCUGAGGUCUGAGUUGACAGUGCAGAGAGAAAACUUAAUUUACCAUCUUGGGGAUGAAUGGAAGCGCCUCGUCAUCUGGAGAUUACCCUCCUCAAAAGAGCCUGCAGGUCUGAAGUCCUUCCUGAAGGUGCAGUUGAACCUGAGCCAUGCAUGUAACAAGGAUGAUGAAAUGAAACCACCAGCUCUGCUGCGUGGCGUCCUGCAAGCUCUGGCCAUCCAGGGAGACCUUCAGCACAAGAUCAAGCUCUUCAGUCAGGUGCUGCUGAAGACCAUGUUGAAGCCGUUGGUGAUGUACCCAUCACUGUCAGUGACGGUAACCGAGCAGCAGGAGGGGGGAACCAUCCUGGCUUUGGAGUGUUUGAAGGAGAGUGAGGAAGAGAGAUCCACUCCUUCACAGGUCUACAGCAAACUGCUCCUGGUGCUCAGGACACUGCACUCACACCUGCUUGAUGUGUCCAUUGGUAAUAAAAAGCUCUCUGCUAUCUUGGGGGAGAUGAUUUGGGAGGAAAUUUCUCAGUGCAUCAUCCAAGAGUGUCUGCUCAACUCCAUCCCCACCAACAGCAGUCAGCUGGAGAAAUACAACACAGUUAUCAAGGAAACAGAGGAGUUUGAGAAGUCUUUGAAGGAGAUGGAGUAUCUACAGGGUGAUUCCACAGACCUGCUGAAAUAUGCCAGGAAUGUGAACUGUCACUUUGCCAGCAAGAAGUGCAAAGAUGUCAUUGUGGCAGCCCGAAAACUCAUGACCUCAAAGAUGCACAACACCGUCAAAAUCACACCAAACUACAAGCUACGUCUUCCCAAGCUGCCGGCUCCAGCGUCAGAGGCGAAGGUGAUGAAAGAAACCGUAAGGGACGAGAUUACAAUGGAGAACUCAAAGCAGCUGUCAGCGAUGAGUCUGUGUCUGCCCGCCUGCCGCAUCAGUGAGUCAGUGCAGCAGCUGAUGGAGCUGGCACUCAACACUCUGAGUGAAGCCGUUGGAAGCUCAACACAAUGUGCAUUUCAACUCUUCUUCACCGUGAGAAACGUCUUCCAACUGUUCUGUGAUGUCGUCCCGAUGUACCACAAAGAGAAUCUAGUCAAGUUCCCUCACCUUGCUGCCAUCCAGCACAACAACUGUAUGUACCUGGCCCACCACCUGCUCACCCUGAGUCACCAUUUCAGAACUCACCUGCCACAGCAACUCAGCCAAGGCGUUGCAACAUUUGUUGACAUGGUGCCAGGAUUCAGGAAACUGGGCGCCCAGUGCUUCUUGGCACAGAUGAAUGUUCAGAGAGCUGAACUGUUAGAGAGACUUUCCACCGCUCACAAUUUCUGCAACCUGGAUGAUGAAGACAACUACAUAGCAGCCAGCAAAGCAGUAAGACAGGUCAUCCAUCAGUUGAAGCAGUUGGGCACAGUUUGGCAGGAUGUCCUACCAGUCGGUAUCUAUUGUAAAGCCAUGGGCACCCUCCUCAACACAGCCAUCACAGAAGUCAUUGCCAAAAUCAUGAUGCUGGAGGAUAUCUCCUCUGAGGACGGGGAGCACCUCCACACUCUGUGCCAAACCAUCAUUGAGGAAGGUCCGCUGGUCUUCACCCCUCUGGUCGAAGGAAACAAGAAGUAUCAGGAGGAAGUUCCUCUCUACGUGAGGAAGUGGAGUACCUUCAAGGAGCUAGUCAUCGUGCUGCGGGCCAACCUGCAGGAGAUAGUUGACAGGUGGGCCGACAGUAAAGGUCCGCUGGCGUUGGAGUUCUCCAGUUCGGAGGUGAAGAAUCUGAUCCGGGCCUUGUUUCAGAACACAGAGAGGAGAGCUGUAGCUCUGACCAAAAUAAAAUAGAUACUUGGACCAAAAAGGAAGCAACUAUAGCACUUUUUCCUCUGAGGAAAAUAUGGUUUAUGUCUGUUCAUUUCCAUUUUCUGUUGCAAUAAAUAUAUGCAUUGACGUGUGUAA